AUGGUUGCCGAAUCAGGUCUGACGAAGGACCAAAUACGGCAUCGAAGGGAUAAACCCAUCUAUAAGCAAUACCUCGAUGCCGCUAGGAAGAAACAGCAACCAAUCCCUUCUCCCAGUGUGCCCUGUGAGCCGCCCACCUGCCCAACGAACGAGAAGAUCGACCAUCAGGCAGCGACAUCGACGCCACCAACAGCUCGCGACGAUGUAAAAGGGGUGAGUGCUCCUCCGCGGUUGCGUCCGCACUAUCGCCAAUCACUCCAGAUCCGAUGA